CUUUCACUACUUUGUGCCAUACCAAAGCUUGGCUCACAUCGAAUUGCACGUUGUGCAAACCGGGUUGUCAAGCGCCAGGUCCUGGACCAGUCGUUAUACGCAGACCACUCCACAAUACUCCACGUUCUAGCCCGAGUCCGCCACCGCAUAGAGCUUCAAAAGGGCGCAGCUUUAUUCUACAAAGUCGAAGCCAUCUCUAUUAAGCCAAGCACCACAGAAGCAUCUCAGCACCAUGGCAGACCAAGAUGAGAAGCCAGUAUUCUUCUUUGAUAUUGACAAUUGCCUUUACCCCAAGAGCCUCAAGAUCCAUGACAUGAUGGCCGAACUCAUUGACAAGUACUUUCAGACUCACCUCGAGCUAUCGCAGCAAGAGGCGAACGAGCUUCACUACAAGUACUAUCGCGAUUAUGGUCUUGCCAUUGAGGGUCUUGUUCGACACCACAAGAUCAAUGCUCUGGACUAUAACGAACAGGUUGACGAUGCACUGCCCCUGGACGACGUAAUCAAGCCAGACGCAGAACUGCGCAAGCUCAUUGAAGACAUCGAUACGAGCAAGGUCCGGCUAUGGCUCCUCACCAAUGCCUACGUCACGCACGGAAAGCGUGUUGUUCGACUGCUGAAGAUCGACGACCUCUUUGAAGGCAUGACGUACUGCGACUACAGCUCUGAAAGAUUCGUCUGCAAGCCGCAAGCAGAGAUGUUCGACAAGGCCAUGGUGCAGGCCGGCGUGACCAAGAACGAGAAUUGUUAUUUCGUUGAUGAUUCGUACAUAAAUUGCAAGGCCGCGGAUGCACGAGGGUGGAAAGUCGCCCACUAUCUAGACCCGGGCAUGGACGCACCACCCCAACAAGCCGCGAAGCACCAAAUCAGAAGUCUGCAGGAGCUGAGGAAGACAUUCCCGGAGGUGUUCAAGAGCGCACAAGCUUAGAUGCUGCUCAGGACGAGGUGACGAAGAUUCAACGUUUAGAUCACAGACUUGAUUAGACGACUUGUAGAGCUCCCCAAGAGCCAUCUCAGCGUUCAAGAAUUGAAGUAGAUGCAAAAGAUCUUAACGUGUAGAACUAGCGCGUGGCGCGUAGCUCUUAUCGAUGGAGCUACUUGCCGUUUCGAUGAUGACAACGCAUCUGCCUAACAACUGCCUAAGAUCUACCAAAUAACGCAC